CUUGUACUGUACGGAAAAUAUUUGGAUGGGGAGCGCUGUGGGUUCCUAUACAUACAGCUCAAUCGCCAUCAAUGAUCAGACUGCUGCCAGCUCCUCUUGUCGUUUUCUUUUGUAGGUUUUACUCUCCUCUCCUCUCCUCUCCUCUCCUAUCUCUUCAACUUCAAAUUGGUUUCCAAAUUUUUUGCCUUUCGGGUGCUUAGUGUGCUAUUCUAAUCGUACCCCCAACCACCCCCACCACGUGAACACCGAAAUGGACCCAUUCAUACACUAGCCAAGCAAUUCGUCAAUGGUCACUGCCUAUGGCGUUGAGGAUGAUAGCAGCAGCAGCAUCAGCAGCUGCUUACCCUGUAAUUCCUCCCACUUCCAAUUUCAGUCGCCUCCUUUCAAAACCGCUCUUCUUCCAAGCACCCAAAACGACGCCGAGGAGUAGAAUUCGCCGGGAAUUGAAGGCUACGGUGAUGUUUUCAGAUAACGUGGUUGUUAGCGACCUAAUCGCCACCGGUUUGUCCGGCUGCGUUGCUCUGUCCUUGCUGAAAAUAUGGGAACAGACGGCUGACAGGCGCAUUUUUGACCAGAAACUAAAUAGGAAGCUUGUACAUGUUACCGUUGGACUAGCAUUCAUGCUUUGCUGGCCUAUGUUCAGUUCUGGUCGUCAGGGAGCAAUUUUUGCAGCUCUCAUCCCCAGUGCCAAUAUAAUCAGAAUGCUUCUUAUGGGGCUUGGGAUAUUGAAGGAUGAUGCAACCGUCAAAUCCAUGACCAGAUUUGGUGACCAUAGGGAACUGCUUCAGGGGCCAUUAUACUAUGCUUCAACAAUUACUUUGGCCUGUGCUGUCUGCUGGCGAACGUCUCCUAUAGCGGUUGCAGCAGUUUGUAACCUCUGUGCUGGUGAUGGCAUGGCUGAUAUUGUAGGGAGACAUUUUGGAAGACAGAAACUUCCUUACAACCAAAACAAAUCCAUCAUCGGGAGCAUCGCAAUGGCGAGCGCAGGUUUCCUUGCAUCCAUCGGAUAUGGCCUCUACUUCUCCUGGUUGGGGUACAUGGAACUAAGCUUGAGAAUGGUUGUGGGGUUUCUGGUAGUGUCCGUCGCUGCUGCAUUAGUUGAAUCUCAUCCCUUAAGCACCAAGCUCGACGACAACCUGACGGUGCCUCUUGCAGCUGUGCUAGUGGGCAGUUUAGUUCUCUGACCAUUGCAAUGGAACGAACAAGCAUUCUAUUCUAUGCAGUAAGUAUACUGCAUGCAUUCUAUUCGAUUCUAUGUAGACUUGGAUAUCAGUACCAUUUACCGACGAUUAUCUAUGAUAAAAGUAUGGGGAAUGGUGUUAAAGAGUAUAGUUGGAAUGUCUCAAAAGACACAAGAAAUGAAUCCACCUAGCUGAGCUGAGCUUCAUCUACAAAUGCUGCAACAUUGAGAACGUAAUAAAGAUGAUGAUGCAAUUCAUUCAA